CAUUUCCGCCAAAUCGAAGACAACUCUGUCCACACCUUGGAGUAAAUCUGACAAUUUGAUCAGUUGUCAGCGUCUUCCCGCCGCGACCUCCCUGGCGUACCCUUGACCCGCAUGCCCGGUUUAACAGAUGAAAAAGUGAAGGCCUAUCUUUCUCUUCACCCCCAGGUACUGGAUGAAUUUGUGUCAGAAAGUGUAAGUGCUGAGACAGUGGAAAAAUGGUUAAAGAGAAAAAACAACAGACAGGAAGAUGAAUUGACUCCUAAGGAAGUCAGCAGGUACCAGGAUACAAAUAUGCAAGGAGUGGUAUAUGAACUGAAUAGCUAUAUAGAACAACGGUUGGACACAGGAGGAGACAACCAACUACUUCUGUAUGAAUUAAGCAGCAUCAUUAAAAUAGCUACAAAAGCUGAUGGAUUUGCACUAUAUUUCCUGGGAGAAUGCAAUAAUAGUUUGUGUGUGUUCACACCACCUGGAGCUAAGGAAGGACAACCCCGACUCAUUCCUGCAGGGCCGAUUGCCCUUGGCACAACCAUUUCUGCAUAUGUAGCCAAAUUCAGAAAAACACUGUUAGUAGAAGAUAUUCUAGGGGAUGAACGAUUUCCCAAAGGUACUGGACUGGAAUCAGGGACUCGUAUCCAAUCUGUUCUUUGUUUACCAAUUGUCACUGCAAUUGGUGAUCUGAUUGGUAUCUUGGAGCUUUAUCGGCACUGGGGCAAGGAAGCCUUCCAUCUCAGUCACCAGGAGGUUGCAACAGCAAAUCUUGCAUGGGCUUCGGUAGCAAUACAUCAAGUACAGGUGUGCCGAGGCCUUGCCAAGCAGACUGAACUGAAUGACUUCUUGCUUGAUGUAUCAAAAACCUAUUUUGAUAACAUAGUCGCAAUAGAUUCUCUACUUGAACAUAUAAUGAUAUAUGCAAAAAACCUGGUGAAUGCAGAUCGGUGUGCACUCUUCCAGGUUGAUCACAAGAACAAGGAGCUGUACUCAGAUCUUUUUGAUAUUGGAGAGGAAAAUGAUGGGAAACCUGUCUUCAAGAAGACCAAAGAAAUAAGAUUUUCUAUUGAAAAAGGAAUAGCUGGUCAGGUAGCAAGAACAGGUGAAGUCCUUAACAUUCCCGAUGCCUAUGCAGAUCCACGCUUUAACAGAGAAGUAGACCUCUACACAGGCUACACAACCAGAAACAUUCUGUGCAUGCCUAUAGUGAGCCGAGGAAGUGUGAUAGGUGUUGUGCAGAUGGUGAACAAAAUAAGUGGAAGUGCCUUCUCUAAAACAGAUGAGAACAACUUUAAAAUGUUUGCAGUCUUUUGUGCUUUAGCCUUACACUGUGCUAAUAUGUAUCACAGAAUUCGCCAUUCAGAAUGUAUUUAUCGUGUAACAAUGGAAAAGCUAUCCUAUCACAGUGUUUGUACUGCAGAAGAGUGGCAAAACCUCAUGCACUGCACACUCCCUCCACACAUCUGCAAGGAAAUAGAAUUAUACCACUUUGAUAUCAGCCCCUUUGAAGAUGUCUGGCCAGCCAUUUUUGUCUACAUGGUCCACCAGUCCUGUGGGACAGCCUGCUUUGAACUUGAAAAGCUGUGUCGUUUUACUAUGUCUGUAAAGAAAAACUAUCGCCGUGUGCCCUAUCACAACUGGAAGCAUGCGAUUACAGUUGCACAUUGUAUGUAUGCCAUACUUCAGAACAACCAAGGGCUUUUCACAGACCUGGAGCGAAAAGGUCUUCUAGUUGCCUGCUUAUGUCAUGACCUGGAUCACAGGGGUUACAGCAACAGCUACCUUCAGAAAUUUGAUCAUCCCCUGGCAGCUCUUUAUUCCACCUCAACUAUGGAACAGCACCACUUCUCCCAGACAGUGUCCAUCCUGCAGCUGGAAGGGCACAAUGUCUUCUCCACUCUGAGCUCCAGUGAGUAUGAGCAGGUUCUGGAGAUCAUCCGCAAAGCCAUCAUUGCUACAGAUCUUGCCCUGUACUUUGGAAACAGAAAACAGCUGGAAGAGUUGCAUCAGACAGGAGCCUUAAACCUUAAAAAUCAAGCACACAGAGAUCGUGUGAUUGGUCUAAUGAUGACAGCUUGUGAUCUGUGUUCUGUAACAAAAUUAUGGCCAGUUACCAGAGUGACAGCCAAUGACAUAUAUGCAGAGUUCUGGGCUGAGGGUGAUGAAAUGAAGAAGAUAGGUAUUCAGCCUAUACCCAUGAUGGACAGAGACAAGAAGGAUGAAGUCCCUCAGGGCCAAAUUGGGUUCUAUAAUGCGGUAGCCAUCCCAUGUUACACCACUCUCACACAGAUCUUCCCUCCUACUGGGCCACUACUACGAGCCUGCAGGGAAAAUCUCAAUCAAUGGGAGAAAGUGACACGAGGAGAGGAAGCUUUUAUAUGGAUUCCUUCCCAGUCACUUGCCCCUGAAACCUCGGAUUCACUUCCUGUGAAGAUUGAUGACUAAACAUCAGUGACAGAGUGCUUUCACCCUAAAAGCAUCUCUUUAUUUGUUGUGGGGUUUUUUAUUUGAAGGAAAAAAAAAACUGCAGAUGCUAACUAGGAAGCAAACCUGCCUAGGAGGUAAUACCCAAGGAGUUACCUCAACUAGGUGACCGUAUGCCAGUCUCCUGACUUACAGCAGUGGUGACACAUUAUGAACAGAGAAGAUUAACAACUCACUUGUUCUGGAAUCGGCUAGCAGAGCAAGAUUAUGACUUGUGAAUAUAAGAGACUGGCCUUUUCUAAUGGGCUAUGUUCCUGAGGCCUUAAUUUAAAACUGAAGGGGGGAAAUCUUAGGGGGUACUUUUAAAAUGUAUCUUUCUAGUAAGGGUUUCAAUGGUACUUUUAUUAUACUGUACUGUGGCUGGCUUUAACACCAGUGUCACUUGGGAGUUCUUGGCUAUACAUAGAACAUUUUACACAUUGCUAUUGUGAAUGUUUAUGUGUGAUCUACUUGUAAUCAGUUUGAACUCUAGCCAAAAACCUUGGGACUGUAACUAUUAUUGAGGAUACAGUCUUUUUUUUCCUUUGCUGUAGAAAAAAAGAAAAUCCAGGGUAAAGGCUCCAAAUAUUCUCUUAUUAGGCAUCACAGAGCAAUGGUUUUAUCACAUGCAAGUUUAAUAUUAGAAGAACUAGCUAUAUGUUAUGGCUUACAAAGCCAUAACAUAUAUGACUUACAAAGUCUCUUUGACUUACAAAGACAGAGAGUUUCUCCAUUAAACAAUGGAAAUACUGGAUCCAGUCCAAUCAAGAUGGAUGCAGGCAUAAUUUCAGACUGGACCUUUUUGUCAGAAAUACUUGGCCUAAGUUUAAACAAAGCAGCGGAGUUUUGCCUGCCUAAUUUAUUAGUAUGACAAGUGGCUGUGCUUGUUGGUUUUUUUCUUGGUGACUGGUAGUUUACAAGGUGAGUUGUAUGUUAGAAGGUAUUAGAGAGACAUUUCCAAAGGUACAUUUUCUUCUGGAAACCAGAGCAUUGUCAGAAGAGCCAAGUCUGCCAGAAGUGGCUGUGGUACCACCACUA